AUGAAGGAGCAAUCUGUGGAACUUAUUGUGCGAGAAAAUGAAAGUGAUACAUGGAAUAAUCCAACUGUUGUUCAUGUAUCUCCACCUCUUAAUGGAGAUAAUAACUACAAUACCUGGUACAAAUCAAUGCGAAUGGCCUGGAGAGUAAAGAACAAAUUGGGAAUUGUAGAUGGAACAUUCAAAACUCCAAAUCCCACAUCUCAAACUUACAAGCAGUGGGUUCAAGCCAAUGACAUGGUUAUGUCGUGGUUAAUUCACUUAAUGGUUCCGGAGCUUGCUCAAAGUAUCAUUUAUGCUGAUACAGCUCAAGCAAUUUGGGAAGACUUGCGAGAUCGCUUUUCGCAACCAAAUAGCUCAAAGAUGUAUGACAUAAAAAAGGGAAUUUCAUAUUGUUUACAAAGAGAUCCCCCUGCCACUAUUUAUUACACUCGGUUGAAAAGCUUAUGGGAUGACUCGGCGUCAUAUAUAACAAUUCCAAGUUGUUUGUGUGAGACAGCAAAUGCAGUGAAUGAGUUACUUCAACAAGACCAUGCGGUGCAAUUCCUACAAGGACUCAAUGAUGGGUAUGCUGCUUUUCGUAGUCAAAUAUUGUUGAGAGAACCUCUCCCACCAAAUGUUGGAAAAGUAACCCGGUUAGUGUUUUUGACGGGCCGGGCCUAA